ACUAUCCCAAUGAAAAUGAGGUUCUCACUAUUAUUUUCGUUUGUUAUUGUCGUUGGAUUAUGCAGUUAUAAGUUUUCUGAGGCUAGAGAGCCUGUAUGUUCUAAAUUUGCAUAUGAAGAACAACUUUUAGAGAAAAUGAUCAGGACUGAAAUAAAGGUAGAAACAAUGGUGAAUGAAAUUAAGAAAACUGAGGAUAAGGUCAUCAGUACAUUAGGCGACAUUAAACAAACAGUUGCAGAUUUUACGGACAUGUUUGCGGACAUGAAGGGGAACAUAACGAACGAGAUGUUAAAUAGAGGUGAUGAAAUAAAAAGAAGAGAAGAAACGUUCAAAACAUCAUUUGAGGAAACAAGGAAAAACCUGACAAGUGACAUCGAGGCUGAAAAAGAGAAACUUUUUCAACUCCAAGGAAAACUUGAACAACCUGCUAUCGCUUUCUAUGCACAUCACUUGAAAGACCUGCUUCUUGAUACUACAGAUGAGAUUCUCAUAUUUGAAAAGACAUUCACUAACGAGGGAACAGGUUACGACACGUCCACGGGAUUGUUCACGGCACCUGUUGGAGGACUGUAUCAGUUUGAUGUUCAUAUAUGUACUUCAUAUAAGAAAUAUGCAUAUCUUGGCCUGGUGUUGGAAGGUAGUGUUAUCACAGCACAUGCACACUUUGGUGAUGAAAAUAGCAGCUGUACAUCAUUUGGAGCAAUAAAAAGAGUUAGAUCAGGAGAAAAAGUUUGGGUCAAAUCAACAUCGUCAGGAUCUAACCGCAAGCUAACACAAGGCUCAUAUAGCAUGAACACAUUUAGUGGAGUACUUGUCAGUUACUGAAUUAUAAAUAAAUCAAUAAACAUUGACGGGAGUAAAAUCUGAUUUCAGUGUUAUAAGGAGACGUUUAACGUAAACGUUUUGAUGUAAACUGCAUGAAUAAAUUUUGAGACUCUUAAUAACAGUCGUGUUUUGUGAAAUAAGUCGAAAAUUGUCAAUUUAUAUAUGAUGUGUCUUUAUAUGCUGUGACGAAUAUUAUUCAUACAUUGUUUUUGCAUAUUGUUAAUAUUAGUUUAUGUUAGUAUCUUAUUAGUAAAUUAAAGCUGACAGCAAAGAAAGCAAACCUUAUGUUCAUGUAGGUUUUGUUUGUAUCUAUUUAGCAAUUGACGUUUUUAUGUUUAUAAAACAAUUAAUAUACACCAUUGAAAAUAAAUGUAUGGAAAAAAUGACCAUAAUCAGUAAAAGUUUGAAUAUUAUUGUAUUAACAUUUUGACAAAUCAAAAAAUUUAAAGAUAUAUUAUGCUCAAAUUUAAAAUUUCAAAAUAUUGAUAUUUGCUACAUGGCCUCUAUGUAAUUGUUAAAACAUGUUUUAUGUAAAUACAGAGUAGAUAUGUCGCAUUUAAAAUGCAAAAUAAUAAUAAUGAUAAUAAUAAUAAUUCAUGUACCAGCUCUAUUUAUAACAUAAAUUUAUGUUUUAACAUGUUACCAUAUUUUUGCCGCUAAACGCCAUAACGUUUUUCGUGCGUUUUACGCGUGUUCCAUUAUGACGUCGCUUCUGGUAAUUUUAUUAUGUUUUGCACUGA